AUGUCAAAUGUUAAAGUCAAACUCAGACCAUUAUACAUAGUUCAAGGACUUCAAUUAGAAUUACAAAUAAGGGUAUUCAACAACCUUUUAGAAACAGCCAAAAGAGAAGACGUCGUAACAUUUGCAACUAUUCAAAGAAUUCAAAAGGAAGUAAACAGAAUUAAAGAUUUUAUAAGAUUUCACAAGUUAAAGAUUACAAUUGACGAAAUUCUUAAGUAUUUAAGUGAAAAAUAUAUUAAAAGAGAAUCAGACCUAUCUUGUAUCCAUUGCUAUCCGAUAACAAAACAACCUUCAGAAGAAUUUGGAAGAUUUUGGUAUUUCUGGGCAGUUUAUUUAUUAAAAGGAAACUCAUAUACUAGUAUUACUGAAAAGGCUUUUGAUAAAGCAAGAGAAAACAAAGAUAAUUCUAUAGUAUUAAAUCAGUGUUUUAAAUUAAUUAUAACCUCCAUAAUAUAUUACGAACUUGCACAAGAAUCCUUUGAAUACUUACUAAAUAUAUUAGAAAACAAGUGGAGUAAUUACUUGGAAACUGACAACUGGAAAAUUGAAAUAUCGAUAAAAUCAGAAACUAAUUCGAGAUUAGUAUCAAGGAAAAGUUCAAGAAGAAGUUCAAAAGUAUCAAAAAUGGCUGAAAAUAAUGAUGAUAUAUUGGUCAAUACAUCCUCACAUGAUCAAAGUUCACCAUCAAAAAAUAGUAGUUAUGAUCCUUUCCGUGAUUCUUUAGAAAGCGAUUUGAAAUGGGCUGAACUUAUGUACAAAAUUCAUGAUAACACAGAAUUCAUAACUCAUUAUAAGGAUGCAAUGAGUUCUGAGGAAAGAAUGAAAGUAUUGACAUAUCUCGCAAAUAAUAUUACAUGGAACAACCCACUAGAAUAUGUUAAAGAAUUCCAUAAAAAUGAUUACGAAUAUGAAGAAAAUCAAGAAUAUAUCAACGAACCUUUUAAAAAUGAUGAAUUCAUAGAAUAUUGGCAUAUUUUCCAAGGAAAUGACACACCUUGCCUGAUUU